AUGCCUUCGGACUCUACAACGACUGCUACUCCUCUCCGCAUUACGAUCGUCGGCGCCGGUCUGGGUGGCCUCGCUGCUGCUAUGGCCCUUCGACAGAGCGGACACAUCGUGCAAGUGUUCGAGCGGACGGAGAACAAGACAGAGGUCGGCGCAGCGCUGGGGCUGCAGCCCAAUGCGAUGCGGGUGUUGAAGCAGCUCGGCGUUGAGGAGAAGAACUUGAAAGGCGUGUAUACCCGGGGGAUCAUUGGUUUCGAUCCUGAGACAGGAGAGGAAAAGCAGGCCAAAUUUGCGCCGCGUGCGGAACAAGGAGAGAACAAUGCAAGUCUCAGUCUCUUUGAUCCUGCGAGCUUCCCCAACGUGACGAUCGGACAGUGGUUGCUCAUGUGCCACCGGACUGACAUCUACGAGGAGCUGAAGCGCAUCACACUCGAUCCAGCGGGCGACCUUCCUCCCGUAUCUAUGCGCUUCGGCUGCAAAGUCCUGUCUUGUUCGCCCGAGGAAGGCGAUGUAGUCCUCGAGUCCGGCGAGGUCGUACAGGCGGACCUGGUAAUUGGAGCGGAUGGCAUCCAGUCGCUCAUCCGCACGCAUGUACUUGGAUAUGUCCAGGACGCUUCGCCGUCCGGAGUCGCUUGCUGUCGCGCGGUAUUCCACGCACCACCUGCAGACGGCAGGCAGCCAGGACUGGAGUGGCUCACCGAGGGUAUCGAGGGCGCUCGCUCCGUCGCAUCAAAGGGUCUCCCCUUACGGAUGAUGCUUUGCUAUCCGUGUAGGAACGGGGAACUGAUCAACGCGGUUUUCAUGUACAUGGAAACAGAGGAGGAGAAGGAGGAGGUCUCAAAUGCAGUUACGAUCCCGACAAUGUCUCCGACCGAGGUGCGGGCCAAAUUCGCCGACUUUCACCCCAAGUUCCAGCGUCUGUUGGACCUCCCGAACCACACCGGCAGGAUUUUCCGCUGGCGGUUGCGGACGCUCCCUGCGCUCCCAACAUGGUACAAAGGCCGUACUGCGCUCCUGGGAGACGCGGCCCACGCGACGGUUCCUUUCUUGGCCCAGGGCGCGGCGAUGGCCAUCGAAGACGCGGCUGUCCUUGCCUGCCUCCUUCCCAUCGGCACCAGAAGAGAGGACAUUUCUGCUCGACUUGCGGUGUGGGAGGAGAUCAGAAAGCCGAGGGCGGACUUCGUGAACAAGAAGAGCAUCGAGCAGAUGGAUGUUAUUACGGCUGGCCAGCAGGCGGCCGCGAUCGCCGAAAGAGAUAUGCGCUCCAAGUUGGCCGAAUAUGAUGCGAUUGCAGCUGGUACACAGGCUUAUCAGGCUAAGUUUGUUGCCAAAAUCUAGAACUUGAAGUAGGUAUGCAACGAGAAUCUU